AUGAAACAGUCAAUGAAGUUAAGAGAAGGCGUCCCUGCACCACCUCUAGGAAGUUCAAAAGACAAGAAACCAGCUCCACCACCUCCACCUAGACCAGUAGCCCAACAGAAAUUCAGACCUGCUGAUGAUAACGAAACAGUUAAUGAGGUGGUCAGUAACUGGGGAGCAGCGCAAGCAAUGUUGCAAAAAAGAGAAGGAAAAACUCCCGUGGGAAGCGCAAAGGAUAAGAAGCCAAUUGUUCCAUCACGUCCCCCACCUAGACCAAUGGGACAACGUAUGGAAGCUUUUCAGUUACCACUGCUGAUUCUUCAAAAGCUUACGAGCAAAAUUUAA